GACCGCACAUGUUUACUGAUUUCUAUUAUGGGAGUAGUCGUGCCUGUUGCUGUCCUGCCGUGCCAACCAGAGCCAGAGCCCGAGUCAGAGCCAGAGUCAGAGCCCGAGCCACCACAGGGGGAAGGAGUCAACAGGAGUCAAGGAGACGCGUUAAUGUGGACGAGGAAGUGAACCAGUGUGUCUCUCAUCCUCUCCAGUCCGAGGAAGUCACUUCGCCGGACUCCGGACCAUGUAGUGACUUUGUUUUUCAGCGCUCUUCUCUCAGACACACGGUCCCCCCCAGCUCUCCUCCGUGCGCACUGGAGCGCGCAGCAGACUGGAUGAUGGCCACAACUGGAAACUUUGCUGAAGUGAUGCUCAGCUGCGCCCUGAGGUCUCUGCUCGCUGCUGCGGCAGCGGCUGUGUUUGCAGCUGUUGAAGUUGCUGAGUGUCAGAAUGUUGCUCGAGACCUCGGAACGUCCUUCACACCAUCUCCAGUUUAUCCCACCGUCAACUUUCAGGUGGUCAAUGUGGACCAUGUGUUUCUGAGGCAGGACAGUCCAGAGACAUCAGGGAACUCCAGCCAGACCCAGACUUUUUACAUCACCGGUGCAGGAGCUGGGAUCCUGCAGUCAGCUGUCAACGCUUCAUACGGCCCUCUGACCGUGGAUGCCCCAAUCCAUCCAGACCUGCUCCUCAGGGGGCGCAGGAUCCUGCCUGUCAUCCUAGGCCGCCAGGUUCGUUCCUCGUCUCCCGUUGUGAAGAUCCUCUUCCACAUGCCCGCAGGAUCCAAGCUCACUGCUGGGCAAGAGAAAUCGGAGCCAGGAGAAGAUAAGGGCAGGAAAAGUGGUGGAGUCAAGGCAAAGGAUGGAGCUCACUGUGUGACGGCGUACGCCUUCUGGGAUACGAGGGAGGUCCGCGGGGCUUGCCUGGUGUCACCGGGUGGAUUCUGUGUGGCACAGCUCAAGCCAGAACCUGCCUGGUUCAGCUCGAGCAGCCGAUCAGGAAGCUCGAGCAGGGAGGCUGGAAAAAGUGAAGGAAUUAAGGGACUUCAGGGGAACCUUGUGGAGGUGUAUUUCCAGAGUCGCAGGGACCAGACGGGCCAGUGCAGCCCGCAGGACAGCCUGCAGCGGGUGGGUGUGGGAAGAGGAAGAGGAAGAGAGUCCGGGGGGUCAGGGACGCCCAUGAGGCGGAUAGGAAGUAUCAACCUGCUCAGAACUCCACCAGGGAACCCCACCUUUCUCCGGCUGAGGCUGGGAGGCGCCGUAGUGAUCCAGACUUCUUCCAAGCCGGUGAAAACCACAGAUGUGGCAACUUUCUAUGUUUUUCUCGCAAGUACAUCAACUCUGGAAAACUUCACACUCAGGGCGGCAGUAAAAACGGGUCUGUUGUUCAGCGCAGCGCGGCCCAGCGACUCAGCGCUGUGGGACGUCCGAGUGGAGCCCGGCAGAGGAGCGUCCCCCAGCACCGUCUCUGUUGUCUGCCGGAGGAAGGUGGUCACCACUGCAAAGAGGGGUCUUCUGGAGGUUUUACAGCUCGACUUUAUGCUGAAAGAAGCUUCGGAGCAGAUGGAGAGUCAGACCAUUUCCUGGCGUCUGGAGCUGCCGGGGAACCUCAAGGAUGUCGGCAUAAUGCGGAUCUACACAACUCGGAGAGACUACGUGGGGCUGGCACCUCUGGUCAUGAACACUGAUAUCUUGAACACUGCCGUGCUGACGGGUAAAACUGUGUCGGUCCCGGUGAAAACUAUGGCUGUGGAGGCCGACGGCUCCGUCACCGAUGUGACCAACUCCACCGGCUGUCGGUCAACACAGGAGGACGUCCUCAAGGUGUCGGAGGGCUGUGACUUUAUAUAUGUGAACGGGAAAGAGACGAGAGGAAACAACAGGGCGAUGGUGAACUUCACUUAUGGCUUCUUGAGUGCACAGCUGGAGAUGAGCAUAUGGAUGCCACGCUUGCCUUUGCUCAUUGAUGUGGCCGACCCCGAGCUCAGCCAGAUCAAAGGCUGGAGGGUCCCUGUGACUACCAGCAACCGGAGGUCUACGUGGGACAGCGAGGAAGAGGAGGAGAUGAGGAAAGGCCGAGGCUGCAUGCUGCAGUACCAGCACUCUGCACUCCGGGUGCUCACGCCCUUCGUGGCUCAGGCUGACGGUGAGGUAAUGCCUGACUCGCUAACUGGAGCGGAGCCUGUCGACUACUUCCUGGGUCCUGACUGGAAGGUGGACGUGACCAGUCUUGUGCGCAAUUCUCUAAAAGUGGCUGAGCCUGAGGUGGCCAGGGUGCAGGAUGGGGCGGUCCUGCAGGGACGGGCUGUGGGCACUACGACUGUACAGGUGCUGUCCCCCCUGACGUCAUCGGUCCUGGCUGAGAGGGCCAUCAGGGUGGUGGAUGACAAAGUGAGUGUGACGGAGCUGGGAGUGCAGUUGAUUUCUGGACUCUCUCUGUCCCUGCAGCUCAGCCCGGGGAGCAACAGGGCCGUAGUUGCCACGGCAACCACACGGGAGACGAUCACGCAGCUCAAACAGGAAGCGGUGGUGAGCUGCUGGGUUCAGUUCAGCGACGGUGCAGUCGCCCCCCUGGAGCUGUUUGACCGUAGCAUCUACUCUCUGACAGUCACCACCCCAGACGACAGAGUGGCCACAGUACGCCGCACCCCGCUUUCAUGGUUCGUGGUGGCCCAAGGUGAAGGCGAAAGUCGGGGGGCGCUGGUGAGGGUGGAGCUGAGGAUCUGCGAGGAAUGUCAGAAAUCCAAGAGGAAGAGCAAGCUGGCGGUGGGCACCGGGCUCCUCAGGAUCAACUUCCAGAGCAGCAGCAGCCGAGCAGGCGGAGGAGUUGGAGAUAAAGAGGAUGAUGGUGGCGUAUCAGAAGUGGUGGGAGAUCUGAAAACGGUGACAUCGCAGCGUUCUGUUACAGAUAUGGAUAAGUGGUUGGUGAAAAGCAUAUUACCUGAGCAGCAAGACACCACCCAGGCAGAAACAACCACCUCCAUCCCAGUUUCUACGAGAUAUGUGCAGCCACGUGUUGUGUGGAUUGGAACAACAACCAGAGCUGCAAGAGGGACCCCGUCUCCUGUGACUGCCACAACUGCCACCACAGCUUUGAGCACACCAGGCUUAAAUACACCAGUGAGCACGGCCAAACCUGUAGCAACAACAGUGGGUGUUGCUAUUAAAGGUGAAGGGCAGAGGAGAAGCUAUGGAAACAUGCUUGACAACCCAAAUUCACCCCCUAACAAAGACAUUCCUAAAGCAGAAGAAAUGCCCAAAAAAGAGCGUCCCAAACCGAAAACUCCCAAAAUAAUCGAGAGCGACCUCAUUCAGACAUUCAGAGCCAUGUCGGACCUGGAAAUCAGCAUGUACUCCUUGGUGGGGUUGUCCUGUAUCGCUAUCCUGGCUUUUAUAGUCAAUUGUGCUUCAUACAGCCUCUGCUUCCGUAAACACAAGACCCCCAUACAGGCAGGCCCGGCCCCCAACGGGGACCCGAAGGACCACAAGCACGACUGGGUGUGGCUGGGGACCAAUAAUCACAACACUCCAGUCCCGGGUGGUGUCCCAGCUCAGGUGUCGACGCUGAAACGUGAGGCCCACCGCCCUCUGGAGUCCCGUCAUUCCAUCGACUCCAUGGGCCACCGCACCAUGGAGAGCACCCUGCCCACCAUCAGCGUUCCCCCCGCCGUCCCCGAACGAACGGCCACCCUGGGCCGCAGCAGGACCACCUCCCAGCAGCAGCAGUUUCAGGGAACGAUAAUCGACCCCAUGGCGAACCGUUCUGCGACGUUGUUGGCCCGGCCGCACCGCAACGAGCCGCUUCAUUCCCCCACCAGUAAGAGGAACCAGGUCCAGUUCACCACCUUCACCACGCUGGACAUCAAGCACUUGGCUGCGCUGAAGAAAAACGGCGUGGACUUUAACUGGGCCAACGGGCAAACGCAGCAGCACCUGAUCCCCGCAGAGCCUCAGGCUCCUUUACCUGACAUUCCAUGGCCAGUCGUCAAACCCCUGGGAGCGCACCAGUGAGUGUGUUUGUUUGUGUGUGUGUGUGUGUGUGUGUGUGUGUGUGUGUGUGUGUGUGUGUGUGUGUGUGUGUGUGUGUGUGUGUGUGUGUGCAUUUGUGUGACAGAGUAUGAAUGUGGAAGAGAAAGAGAAACACAGCAUAUUCUGGUGUAUAAUCUCCAACAGAAACGAAGCAAACUUUUCCUGUUUUGGAAGAAAGAUCAGUCACUUUGUAUUUCCUGAAAUGACAUAGAGAACAUUUUAUAUAUAAUAAACUGUGCACAGUAAACGCCUGUAAAUACAUUAUGCACUAUUGUAUCCAUGUAGACCUACAGAAGAGAUACUGUGUGAGAUGAAUUCCUGUAAAUACACAUACAAUAUAUCUAUAAUAUUACUUAUUUCUACAUUUCUAACUCAAAAUAAAUGAAUUUUUAUCUCCUUUUACUUUUAUACAAGUCGUUUGUCCCAGUAGAAAAGGUUCCAGACAUUGCUAGUUGUCAGGGUAAAUGCAGUAUACGGGAGGGAUUAUUUCUUGUGAGUAAUUCUAUUCUUUUCCAGCCUUUUGUACUUUUUUUUUUCUAGGAUUCCUCCCGAGAAUAAUACCUGAAUAUUUGUGAGAGAAUAUGCAACAUUUAUCAAAUUAUUUUUCAGCAAUCUGUCAUUGCAGGCUUCACCGGGCUCGGAUACUUAUUCAAAUCAAAUGCAUGCUAUGCAAAUAUAGUCUGUGCCGACUUAAAUGUGGACACAGUUCCUGAAUUCUUUUGGAAAGUUACCUUGGGCUUCGGGCUUUUCCCCCGGGGCCCUGUUUCUACAAUUUGUAAAAAUGUCUAAUCUCGGUCUCUUGAGUCAGAGCAAUACAUAUUUAACUGUGAGAUUUUUCAUGUGUAAAUGAAAAAUGACGAUGCCUUCUUCUGUGUAACAACCUUUUCUUUUUAAACCAAAAUGUGAUGUGUUAUUUCCUAUGAGAUCCUAUAAUAAAGAACAAACAUAGACAUUUGUUAUAGUUCUAA